AUGGCUGUGCUCAACAUUCCGGCAGCCCUGGCAGCCCUGGCAGCACUUGCCGCCGCGGUCGUUGGAUCGCCCUUGGGGGCAGAUUGCAGCCGCAGUGUGUUGCUCCAAGCUGCCGAUGCCUAUGUUGCAGCCCAGACGGCAGGCCGACUUGAUCCGCUUCGAGACAUUCUUGACGCGAAUUGGGUCUACCAGGAGAACAACGCAAAGGCAAAUGCCACAAAGGGUGUGCUGAGCAAGGCGCUCAAGAUCGACCACCGUCGGACCAACGUCGAUAUGACGGCUUGUGCGACCUACACAGAGCUCAUCAGCACUGACGCCGCCAGCCCCUAUGUCAUCGGCACCCAGAUACAUCACAGCGCAGAUAACAAAGUUACCCUGAUCGACUCGGUCGCGUCCACGACAAACUCUUGGAUCUUUGAUGCCAAAAAGACGCUCCAGUACGUCCUACAGGAGACAUGGGAUCCCAUCCCAGUCGGCAAACAAGACAAGAGAGAGGUGAUCCAGGCGGCCGGAGACGCUUAUCUUGAUAUGUGGCUUGAAGGCUCUGCCUACACGGGUAAAGGAAAGCCCGACGACUCUUGCAAGCCCGGAAUCCCUUCGAAUAGUCACCAGGCGCCUAACACGCACCGUCGCUACGUUAUUGACGAGUCCAUGGGGUCGGUUAAUAUCUUGUGUGUCUGGGAGCAUAUGAUGAUGGCAGCCGAUAGCCAUGAGUUCCGGCUCGAGGGUGGCAAGCUUCGUUAUGUUCAUACUUUGACGCCUCUAGGGCUGUGGCGUGGCUAG